AUGUCGCGUACUUCUGUCUCCAUCUUAGCGCUCACAGAGUCUUGCGUUUCUAAAUUCGACAACCUUCUUGCAUCAUAUGCUCGGGGCUCACAGCGCAUUGAAUCGUUGGAAAGUCGGCUAGCUGACUUCAACCUUUGGGCCGACGGUGUUGGCGCCUUAGCAAAGCCUGGGGCCUCGUUGGAUUCCAGACUACAAGGUCGUCUCAACGAUCUCGCAUUGGUGAAGAAUGUUCUUAUCAUGCUGGCCGACUCUCUGGACCAUUGCGUGGGCCUCGCUAAAAACGAAACAAACUACGACGAAACAGCCCAUCACGAAGCUAUCCAAAACCUUGACUCUGCUAUCAAGAAUUUGGCUUUGAUCGGCGUGGCCAUUCGUCGAACGGGACAGGCAUCACGAAACCGUAGGGCCGACAAGACAUUCAAUCCGGACAAUCACCAAGAGUUGAGAACGCAUCUCGAAUGUAUAAUUCGUCUUCGGCCGACAGAAGAAGCGCUCUUUCAGCAGACAGAGAACGGUGGAUUUGUCGCCAAAUUAGACAACUCUAAACUGUCCGAUAUCCAGAACCGCCUCGUGGAAGCAAACCUUCGGCGAAGACAUAAAUUUUUGAUAGCGCAGAAACGUUCCAGAGACCAAAGGAACGUGCAGAUACGUCCUUCAAUUCUUGAAGCUCCAUCACCUGCAGGUAGCGUUCUACAGCAAGAGCCUCUUGCGGACAUACGGAACGCAGAUGCAGCUAAAAAUAAAGAAUCGACAUCAUAUCCAAUUACCAGGGGCCAUGAAGCCACAGCACCAACGAUUUCAAGAUUUUCUCUUGCAUCAACAGCUGAGGGAACAUUGAGAUAUACUCCAGCUGCUAGAAAAUAUACUCCAAGCGUAACGAAAACGCAAAUCACAUUCAUCGCCUCUGAUGUCGAGUUCCCAAAAGCCCCUUCUAUCCCUUUAGGCCGAGAGAUUAUGAAAUGUCCCUGUUGUUGCCAGUCUCUACCAAUUGGAACAUUCCAAAAUCCUAAACUAUGGAAGUAA